AUGGAGAAGGUGCCGUACAAUUUUUCCCUCGCCCGUCGUGCCUGCGCCCGCUUGCUCGCCGCGCCCUCGGCGGCCCUGCCCCGCUUGCGCCGCCUCGCGUUUGCCCCUCGUACCCCUCGCGCCGCUUGCGUCCGCGCCCAUCGUACCCCUCGCGCCCGCUUGCAUCCGUCCCUCGUACCCCUCGCCCCUCACGCACGCCCUACACCGACGCCCGUCGGCGCUCGCACCUCUGCCCCUCAGCUCGCGCCGCGCCGCCCCCGCACUGCGGCCCGCCUCGCCACGCGCCUCCGGCCCUCAGCUUGCGUCCGCGCCAAUGCGGAGCCCGCGCCAACACCAUCGGCUCGCCGCCCGCGCCCGUGCCCGCGCCCGCCCCCGGCCCGCGCCCUCGCCCGCGCCUCCGCCUCCCGCUACCACAACACGAACUGGCUCGCGAACAGCGAGCUGGAUUGCCACCCUAGCGCCGCGCGCCCCGCCACACUGGGCCGGCGCUCCUCGCGCUGGCGCCUGUUCGCGGCCGUGCCUCCGCCCUCUGGCUCGCGCCUGCCCACCGCGCCGCUCGCGCUCCCGCCUAUGCCAGCGUCCGCGCCGACGUCGCCCGCGCCCUGCGCUCCGCCCCUCGGCUCCGCGCCGCUCGCGCUCAGGCCCUCGCAGCGCCCGCGCCGGCGCCCGCCCUCGCCCCUCCGGCCCUCGGCUCGGGUCCGUCCGCAGCGCAUGCACCCGUCCCACCCUGCCGCGCCGCGUUCUUCGCUCUCGGCUCGCUCCCGCCCCCGCGCCGCGCUCGCCCCGCUCGCGCCCCCGCCCCCCGCUCGCGCCAACGCCUCAGCCCUCGCCGCCACGUGUCUCAGUUAUUGA